UCAUCUCUCUUUCUUUUUUUCUUUUUUUUUCUCUCUCUAGAACACAGACAAGAGAGAGGCGCGCACUCCCACAUCAAAUAAAUAAAUAAAAUCUGCCCUUUGCCCGUGAAAUCUUGGAGAGCUGUUUGCAUAUAUUGAGUAAGAUCUUUAGGGUUUCUUGGAAGAAUUAAUUGAAAGGAUAUUUUUAGAGAGAGGGAGAGAAGAAUAGGGUUUGUUUGUUUGUUUUGUGAUCGACAGAUUAUGGAAGAUCUGGGUUUCGUGCUUCACGCUGUGUGCUUUUGAAGAAACACGACGUUAUUAGCUACCUAGCUACCCUCUUCCAGAAACCCCACCCACAGGUAUGAUGGCGGUGACCUCAUCCUGCAAAGACAGCAGCAGCAGCAAAAUGGUGGGGAAUAUAGACAACGGCAAGUACGUGAGAUACACUCCCGAGCAGGUCGAAGCUCUGGAGAGGCUCUACCACGACUGUCCUAAACCAAGUUCUCUCCGCCGCCAGCAGCUCAUCCGAGAAUGUCCGAUCCUCUCCAACAUCGAGCCUAAGCAGAUCAAAGUCUGGUUUCAAAACAGAAGAUGCAGAGAGAAGCAACGCAAAGAGGCGUCGCGGCUACAAGCAGUGAAUCGAAAAUUAACCGCCAUGAACAAGCUGUUGAUGGAGGAAAACGAUCGGCUCCAGAAGCAGGUGUCGCAGUUGGUGUACGAGAACAGCUAUUUCCGACAGCACACCCAGAAUGCGACGCUUCAGACAACCACCGACAACAGCUGCGAAUCGGUGGUGACGAGCGGCCAGCAGCACCACUUGACUCCUCAACAUCCCCCUAGGGAUGCCAGCCCUGCAGGGCUUUUGUCCAUUGCAGAGGAGACUUUAACAGAGUUUCUAUCGAAGGCCACUGGAACCGCUGUCGAGUGGGUCCAAAUGCCCGGGAUGAAGCCUGGUCCGGAUUCCAUUGGAAUCAUCGCUAUCUCAUACGGUUGCACCGGCGUCGCGUCGCGUGCUUGCGGCCUUGUCGGCCUCGAACCCACGCGCGUUGCUGAAAUCCUCAAAGACCGCCCUUCAUGGUACCGCGACUGCCGCGCCGUCGACGUGCUGAACGUCCUCUCCACCGGCAACGGCGGGACAAUCGAGCUCCUAUAUAUGCAGCUCUACGCUCCGACAACCUUGGCGCCGGCGCGCGACUUCUGGCUGCUCCGCUACACCUCUGUGACAGAAGACGGCAGCCUCGUCGUAUGCGAAAGAUCCUUAAACAACACCCAAAACGGUCCGAGCAUGCCGCCUGUGCAGAAUUUUGUCCGCGGCGAAAUGCUGCCGAGCGGAUACUUAAUUAGGCCCUGCGAAGGCGGCGGAUCGAUUAUUCAUAUCGUCGAUCACAUUGAUUUAGAGCCUUGGAGCGUGCCCGAAGUGCUGCGCCCUUUGUAUGAAUCCUCGACGCUCCUCGCCCAGAGGACAACUUUAGCGGCAUUGCGGCAAUUGAGGCAAAUUUCGCAAGAAGUUACUCAGCCUAAUGUCUCUGGCUGGGGGCGACGCCCGGCAGCUUUGCGCGCUCUUGGACAACGAUUGAGCAGAGGCUUCAACGAUGCCGUCAACGGAUUCUCGGACGAAGGCUGGACGAUGAUCGAAAGUGACGGCAUCGAUGAUGUCACCGUCCACGUGAAUUCUUCGCCGGGGAAGCUGAUGGGAUCGCUCCUGACCUACGCGAACGGAUUUACGUCCGUUAGCAACGGCGUGCUCUGCGCGAAAGCUUCGAUGUUAUUACAAAAUGUUCCUCCAGCUAUACUCCUCCGGUUUCUUCGGGAGCACAGAUCGGAGUGGGCUGACAGCGGCAUCGACGCGUACUCCGCCGCCGCCGUAAAAGCGGGUUCAUGCAAUUUACCAGUGUCCCGAGUCGGGUGCUACGGCGGGCAGGUCAUUCUUCCGUUGGCUCACACUAUCGAGAACGAAGAGUUCAUGGAAGUGAUUCGGCUCGAAAACAUGGCGCAGUAUCGAGAUGACGUGAUCAUGCCUAGCGACAUAUUCCUCUUGCAAAUUUGCAACGGCGUCGAUGAAACGGCUGUCGGGACCUGUGCCGAGCUUGUAUUCGCUCCGAUCGACGCUUCUUUCUCCGACGACGCUCCUCUCCUCCCGUCUGGUUUUCGCAUCAUUCCGCUCGAUUCGAAGGUGGACGCGUCGAGCCCGAACCGUACGCUCGAUCUAGCGUCGACGCUCGAAGUGGGUCCUUCUGGAAAUCGGUCGUCCGGCGAUCAAUCGAGGAGCUCUGGGAGCUCAAAGUCAGUGAUGACGAUUGCCUUCCAAUUCGCGUACGAGAUGCAUCUUCAGGACAAUGUGGCUGCCAUGGCUCGACAGUAUGUCCGAAGCAUCAUCUCGUCCGUUCAGCGCGUCGCACUGGCGCUGUCUCCUUCUCGCCUAUGUCCUAACGCCGCCGCGCAACCGCCGCCGGGGUCGCCGGAGGCGGAGACGCUCGCCCGAUGGAUUUUCGAGAGCUACAGAUUUUUCUUAGGCGUCGAGCUUCUCAAACCGGUGGCCGAAGGAAGCGACUCCGUUCUCAAAUCGCUCUGGCAGCAUUCUGACGCCGUGCUUUGCUGCUCGAUGAAGGCAUUGCCGGUUUUCACAUUCGCGAAUCAGGCCGGGCUCGACAUGUUGGAGACGACGCUCGUCGCGCUUCAGGACAUCACUUUGGAGAAGAUAUUCAAUGAGGCCGGAAGAAAGGCGUUGUUUGCCGAGCUUCCACAAAUUAUGCAACAGGGGUACGCGUGUCUCCUCGGCGGGAUUUGCUUGUCGAGCAUGGGGCGGGCGGUGUCCUACGAGAGGGCGGUGGCGUGGAAGGUGCUGAAUGAAGAAGAAGGUGCGCAUUGCCUGUGCUUUAUGUUCGUGAAUUGGUCGUUUGUUUGAUCCAGCUUCGUCAAUGUUUGAUAAUGAAAACUAUAGUAGUAUAGAUCGAACAACAUCGGACUUAAUUAGGUUUGCAUUUCGUGAAGUGUAUGAAUUUUGAUGGUCGAUCGUGUAGGAUUGAUUCAUCGUUUUUCCUUAUGAUGUUGUAUGUUGCGUUGUACUGAUAGUUUAAUUUAUCUUUUUAACUUAUGAUUUUUUCUU